CUGAUAUCCAUUCGUUAAUCAAGUCUAUUCUUAAGUGCAUUCAUUCAUUCAAACAUCCAUUUAACUCAAGAUGAAGAGUAAGCCUCAAUUAGACUGGCCCCUAUUGAAAUGGAGGCCGUCGCAAGCAUUUGACGAUAUAAAGAAUGACUUAGUCUCUGCGACUGGCGAGUUUUUCGGGACAUGCAUCUUUCUGUUAGUUGGAUUAGGUGGGAUUCAAGCAGCUGCUACUUCCAAUCAAUUUACGCUCGCCCAAGCAGAGACGAACAGAACAGCUAGUGAUGGUUCAACUGGAGCCAGUGCUAUCAACACGGUUGCAUCUUUGGAACAACUGACCUACAUCUCCGCUUCGAUGGGAUUAGGUUUACUUUUCUCUGCUUGGAUUUUCUAUCGUGCAACGGGAGCAGCAUUCAACCCAAAUGUAUCAUUUGCACUAUUAUUGAUCGGGGUUGUCAGUCCAACCCGCUUCAUCCUAUACGUAUUCGCUCAAUUUGUCGGAGCAAUCGUUGCCUGUGCACUUUUGGCCGGACUCCUUCCAGGUCCUUUAGCUGUGACACCAGCAUUAGGAGCCGGUACAAACCUUGCUCAAGGAGUCUUUAUCGAGUGCUUUGCAACAUGUGCACUGAUCUUAUCAGUCUUGUUUUUAGCCGUUGAGAAACAUCGUGCUACUUUCUUGGCACCAGUCGGCAUAGGGAUAACUCUGUUUGCUGGGCAUUUGUUUGCCACUGUAUACACAGGAGCUUCUAUGAACACAGCAAGAGCGUUCGGGCCCGCAGUGAUCACAGGAUUUAGUUCAGAUCACUGGGUAUAUUGGGUUGGACCAUCUUUAGGAUCGUUCUUGGCUGUAGCAAUCUAUGCGAUCAUGAAACGAUUCAAGUAUUGGAAAUUGACCGAAGGACAAGAUACAGAUGAAUCAAGUAAAUCUCCAACUCUUUUCCAACAUGAACCCGACCGUUCACAGCACUCUGGGGCUUCAGAAAAGCGAGGGCCUUCUGUGAGAGUUAUCCCUAGCAUCAGUCAAACCUUACAACAAGAAAAACAUGGAGGUGCAAGUGUAAGGAACUCCCCUGAAGGGGUUAGUGAUCAGAGGGAAAGUCAAAACUUGACCGCUCGAAAAAUUGCUGGAAGUGACGACAUGGUCUGAGACUCGAGAGAUAUCAGUUUGGGUUUUGGAUUAUGUACAUCCAUUCACAUUCCUCUUCGUCUUUGCUUAUUUGAGAAAGGGAAAAUCAAUCCUCAAAACAAAACAUUGUACAUAGCCAUCAAAUCCAUCUACAAAACAAUAUCGCAUACUUCAUUCCUUGUUGCACAGGCUCAUUGAAAUUUACCGUGCAAACUUCUCAGAUGAGCACC